UUUUACUUGCAAAUUGGUAUUUUAGUGAAGAGGUCUAGACGAAAUGAUUGGACAGAAGACCAUAAACUCAUUUUUCUCACCUGUGUCUAAGAAAAGAACUUCUAAAGACCUCAGUGCAACUGCAGAAGAGGCCAAAGAAGCGAAGCGAAAAUUCGUGGCGACGGAGUCAGAGCCAGCACUUUCUAGCUCGCCUGGACCUGUUCUCUCCCCGGAGCAGUUGGAAAGAAUCGCCCGCAACAAAAAAGCUGCGCUGGAGAAACGUUCCUCCGGUGUCUCAGGAUUCGGGGAAAGCUGGAGAAAGAGUCUGUCUGCGGAGUUUGGAAAGCCUUACUUUAAACAGUUAAUGGCAUUUGUGUCGGAGGAGAGGAAACGUCAUACAAUUUACCCACCUGCAGAAGAGGUGUUUGCGUGGACCCAGAUGUGUGCUAUUGAAGAUGUGAAAGUGGUGAUUCUUGGCCAAGACCCCUACCAUGGUCCAAACCAAGCCCAUGGAUUGUGCUUCAGUGUGAAGAGGCCAGUGCCACCUCCUCCAAGUCUGGAGAACAUGUACAAAGAACUAACAUCUGAUAUUGAUGGCUUUACACACCCUGGGCAUGGAGAUCUAACUGGAUGGGCCAAGCAAGGAGUGCUGUUGCUCAAUGCUGUAUUGACUGUCCGGGCACACCAAGCCAACUCGCACAAAGACAAAGGCUGGGAGACCUUCACAGAUGCAGUGGUUCAGUCGCUCAGCAAAAAUCUCAGUGGUGUCGUCUUCAUGUUGUGGGGAUCAUAUGCACAGAAAAAGGGUGCAGCUAUUGACCGGAAACUGCAUCAUAUCCUCAAGGCUGUACAUCCUUCCCCCCUGUCGGCACAUCGGGGAUUCUUUGGCUGCAAACACUUUUCAAAAGCCAAUGAGUUGUUGAUGGAAUCUGGAAAGUUGCCUAUUGACUGGAAAGCACUUUGAACACUAAUAUAACAGCUAUAAUUACUACUGGCAAACACCCCUUUAUAAGCUUGUUAACAAUGUUUAUCCUGUUUCUAUAUUUUACUUCACCCCAAACUGUUUGAUCUUUAUUCAAAUCAAAAUAACACUUAACUUGUUCAUUGUAACUCUGUUUAAAUUUGUGUCAUUAAAGUUUUUAUAGUUUGCUUC